AUGUGGCUACUAGAGACCACUUCGUUAGCCCUCUCCACAUUUUUUGACGAUAACACCCCAUAUUAUGCCAUCCUUUCACAUACCUGGGGGGCUGAAGAAGCCAUCUCAAAGAAGGCUGGGUUCAAGAAGAUCAAAGACUGUUGUGCAAGGGCUUUGGACGCUGGGUUCAAGUACGUUUGGAUCGAUACGUGUUGCAUCGAUAAAACAAACAGCACGGAGUUAUCAGAAGCCAUUAACUCGAUGUUUCGCUGGUAUGAAAACGCCAUUACAUGCUACGCCUAUCUCGAGGAUGUCAAACCAAAUGGUCUUCGGUUUACCGCCAGCCGGUGGUUCAAAAGAGGCUGGACGCUGCAAGAAUUAAUUGCACCUGCUGAUGUAUUGUUUUUUGAUUCAUACUGGAACGAGAUCGGAUCGAGGGCAAGCUUGGCAGAGCAAAUCGAAAACAUCACCGGAGUCCCAGUUGGACUGUUGUUGAUGAACACCUCAUUGAGGGAUCAUUGUGUCGCAGAAAUCAUGUGUUGGGCUGCCCGUCGCCACACCACAAGAUUGGAGGAUAGAGCGUACUCUCUCAUGGGACUCUUUGGGGUCUCAAUGCCCUUGAUAUAUGGAGAAGGAGAAAAUGCAUUUUUUCGACUUCAGCUUGAGAUUAUGAAGACCACGACCGACCACUCUUUAUUUGCCUGG